AUGGACGAGACGAUGGGAUAUGGGCUUGAGGUUUCCGAGAAUGAGACUCGGAGGCGAGGGUUUGAGGGGGGAACGGGGUUCACGCAAGUGGAAGGAGCAAGCGACGAGGCAGAGGAGAAGCACAACAACGAAGCAGAGCGAAAGGAAGAAGCAGAACAAGUGGCAAUGCAAGAAGGGGCGCAAGGGGCAGGGCAAGGAGCAAAGCAGGGGGAAGGGCAAGGAGCAGAGCAAGGGGCAGAGCAAGGGGCAGAGCAAGGGGCAGAGCAAGGGGCAGAGCAAGGGGCAGAGCAAGGGGCAGAGCAAGGGGCAGAGCAAGGGGCAGAGCAAGGGGCAGAGCAAGGGGCAGGGCAAGGGGCAGGGCAAGGGGCAGGGCAAGGGGCAGGGCAAGGGGCAGAGCAAGGGGCAGAGCAAGGGGCAGGGCAAGGGGCAGGGCAAGGGGCAGGGAAAGGGGCAGAGCAAGGGGCAGAGCAAGGGGCAGAGCAAGGGGCAGAGCAAGGGGCAGGGCAAGGGGCAGAGCAAGGGGCAGAGCAAGGGGCAGAGCAAGGGGCAGAGCAAGGGGCAGAGCAAGGGGCAGGACAAGGGGCAGAGCAAGGGGCAGAGCAAGGGGCAGAGCAAGGGGCAGAGCAAGGGGCAGAGCAAGGGGCAGGGCAAGGGGCAGGGCAAGGGGCAGGGCAAGGGGCAGAGCAAGGGGCAGAGCAAGGGGCAGGGCAAGGGGCAGGGCAAGGGGCAGGGCAAGGGGCAGAGCAAGGGGCAGAGCAAGGGGCAGAGCAAGGGUCAGAGCAAGGGGCAGAGCAAGGGGCAGAGCAAGGGGCAGAGCAAGGGGCAGAGCAAGGGGCAGAGCAAGGGGCAGAGCAAGGGGCAGGGCAAGGGGCAGAGCAAGGGGCAGGGCAAGGGGCAGGGCAAGGGGCAGGGCAAGGGGCAGAGCAAGGGGCAGAGCAAGGGGCAGAGCAAGGGGCAGAGCAAGGGGCAGAGCUGGAAAGCGUUACCCCAGAAAUCAACCGGGUGGUGUCUCAGCUCUCUUCCCAGGACCCCACUGCGACACAGCUCUCCUUCUGUAACCUCUCCCUCGCCUUCUACCUCCACCUCACGCCACUCUACUACCCGCACUGCCUACCAGCCAUCACCAGUCUCGACCUCCGCCGUGUCAACCCUGUCUUGCCGCUCGCCAUGAGGCACCUCCUCCGCAUGCCCUCCCUCACAGCCCUUCACUUCCACAAAACUUCCCUCCAUGCCGAUGCCCUGCCACUCUUGCAGUGCCUGCCUCGGCUGCACCGGCUCGUUGUGGCCUGCUUCCACCCCUUUGACCUGCUUCCCAUCGUACCACCCAAGCGCCAGGGAAGCCGGUCCCAUCUGUGUGAUCCCGUGAGCGAGCUCCAGCCAUUUCAGAGCUUGAGAGAGCUGCAUGUGAGCCAGGUGUCUGACUCUCUUCUGCAGCAGGUGGGCGUGCUGACGAGACUUGAGGCCUUGUCCUGCACGUGCAGCAAAGGGGUGAGUUUUGGGCCAAGGCUAGACUUCUCCAUAUCGCGCCUGCCAGAAUUUGUGAAAACCUUCCAAAGGCCUUCCAAGAAAGAGGCUGCCUGUGUGAGUGAAGAGUUAAGCAACAGCAUCGACGGGAGCAUAUGGGAGGUGGUGGGUGGCCUAGCAGGCCUGCAGCACCUGGAGGUGCACGCAGCAGAGCCCAGCACGGCAGCACUGCGAUCCCUCUCCAACCUCACGCGCCUCACAUCCCUCCACAUCACAGACACGGCGCUUGAUGACUGUAACCUGCAGUACUUGACUGGCCUCACCCUGCUCAUGGACCUCAGCCUGGCUGCCUGCACGUUGGCAGCAGACCGGGCUGUGAGGUCGGUGAUCCAGGGCAUGCCGCAGCUGCAGGCGCUGGACCUGUCGGGAGCGGCAGUCGGCCAAGGCGCUGCUGUGCAUCUGCAAGGGCUAGAGCGGCUGCAACGGUUGAAGCUGCAGCAGUGCAGUUGCAUGAGGAAGCUGUUUGUGCAGUGUCUCAGCCGCAUUCCCUCGUUGCGGGAGUUGGACCUGGGCUGCAACAACAUGCAGCACGCUUGGCUGCUGCCGAUUCUGGAAGGCAAGAAGCUGACUCGUGGUGAAUGA